UGAUCACGAGAAUUGAGUAAUAUCCUUCGCAUAUUUUAAAACAGCCUUAGAUUUUAAGUUACUUGCAGUAAUGGCCAACUUUAUCGGUGUUUUGGCGUCUUGUUUUAUUAGUCUAAGCGGCAUACCGCUUGUUGUUUUCGUUACUAAUAGUGAUGUAUUAUCACAACCCAUUAACUUGAUGGCGAUCGGUUUUACUUCAAUGGCGACAAUAGUGGUGUUUGUGUACCUUGUGGUGCCACCUAACGGAAUCAAAAAAGAGGAAGGAAAAGAGGGCAGAGGUGUUUUGUAUUACACAUGCUGUCUCUUUAUGUGGGCAAGCAUGACAGACCUAGCUCUUCAAGGUCAACGCUUUGGGUUGUUUGGUUUAAAAUCAGGUACUGGUUAUUUUGAACAUGGUGAGCCAUACCUGGAUACUCCAUUUGGGCUUGGUGUUCAAGGCUGGAAUGCCAUCGUGAACUACCUCUUGUACAUUCACAUCAUAUAUAACAUUGAUAAUAACAAGGACCCGAGAUAUACUGCAAUAUAUUGGGCUGGAGGAAUACUUACAAGUCAGUUCUGUGUGAUUGUUGGAGCAUACAGUGGUAGCUUUGCGACGUAUCUUCCUCCCUCUGUUGCAAUGAAUAUCGUGUUUGUCGUCUUUCCAAUGUGGGUAUUCUUUCACUUCUUGAAUAAACCAAGAUCAGACAAGAUCCAAGCGAUAAAUUCAACCAAAUACCGAGCAUUGGAUAUUUUCCUUAUCACCGGUUUACUCGUUGCUUCUUUCUUCAUGAUAAUACGGGGCCUCGGGGCGCUUGAUUCACCCUUCCCCCUUACUAAGUAUUAUGUCACAACACAUGAACCUUACAUUAUGGAACCUGGAAAGUUUGGAGCUACCUGGGUGUUGUAUGGUUUCAUAUAUGGAGUGCCAUUCCAGUUGUUUGCAAUAUAUGGUUUGUUACAUUCUGGUUGUGAAUGGAUGAUGGACCUGGUUGUAUUUUAUGCAGCAGGAAUGCUACAGGGUACAUGCGUGUAUAUGGCUUACACCUGGUUCCCAAUGUCCAAUCCUGAAUAUCACAUUCCUCAAGCAUCAAUGUACAUGGUUAUUGCUAUCAAUGUCUUCCUUGUGUUCAUUUCAAACUUAUUGCUCUGGAGAUGUUUUGCUGAACCUCAGUAUUUUGUGAAAGGGAAACUCAAGAAGAAUUAACUUUAUUUAAACUUGCGAUAUAAUAUGGGCUUAGGUCUAUACAAAUAGUAUUCUUUUUUUUUAAACUAAUAAUCAAGAACUUUUUUUAACGACUAUAAAACAUUUUUUCUUCUUUAUAAAUCAUUUAUUCAUCUCAUGAUUUAGUAUUAUCUUGCCUGCAUGGUUUUUAAAUGAGCAAUUGUAUACUUAAGGACAUCAUUCGAUACUAUUUUGUUGUUUUACAAUUUUAUAAUAAGUUUAAUUAAGAAAAGUUUCAUAAAAUUUGAAUUAUUUAUUUUAAUCACGGGUUACAGCUAUAGGUUUAGUAGCCACACUUUUUUCUUCAGUAUUUUUCUACAACUGAUGUUCAAAUUUAAUUUUUUGUUGCUUUAAAUAAUAUAAGUUUUCUGUAAUCAAAGAAUCUUUUUCGAACAACACUUAUAACCUUAUAAUUUUUUUCAGUACAGCAUUGAGCAUUAUAAAAACUUUUAACUUUAUUAAGUUGAACCUUUUUAUAAACCCUAUAUAUUUAUAACCUAGAUUAAUUUAUAG